GCAUAUCUGAAUGUUUUAACAAUAAACCCACGUGCGGCAAAUUGAAUUUCGCAAAGUUAUUGUUUUAGUAAAUUAAAAAAAAUGGAAAGCAAAACGCAGCCGUUGCUUUACAUGGAGGAGUAUAAGGUUAAACAGGAUCCACAGGACUAUGGCCUGGCUGAUGAGGUUUUUAAUAUAGAAGCGUUUAAAAACAAACUACAAAUUGUAAUUGUGCGCAACGACGAAGAGAAUGGUCUGGAAUUCGAUUUAAUAGGGGUUUACCCAGCAAUUGCAAAUGCUUUUCGCCGCCUAAUGCUAAGCGAGGUGCCCAGUAUGGCCAUAGAAAAGGUUUACAUCUACAACAACACAUCGAUUAUACAGGAUGAGGUGCUUGCACAUCGCAUGGGCCUCUUGCCACUGCGUGCAGAUCCGCGAUUGUUUGCCUAUCGCACUGAGGAAAGCAGCGAGCAGGGCACUGAGCAGGAUACACUUGAAUAUGAACUGAAAGUUAAAUGCACACGUCGCAAAGAUGCAGGCAAGGAUCAAUCCAACUUUGAUGAGAUUUACAAAAAUCAUAAAGUAUACUCGGGCCAUUUGAAAUGGUUGCCAAAAGGGAAGCAGGCGCAAAUCUACACCGAAGCCAGCGUGGGUUGCAUACAUGAAGACAUACUAAUAUCACAGCUGCGACCAGGACACGAACUGGAUCUGCGUUUAAUUGCUGUGAAAGGCAUUGGCAAAGAUCAUGCCAAGUUCUCUCCCGUGUGCACUGCUUUUUACCGACUGCUGCCACAGAUAAAACUUAAUCGCGAAGUGUCUGGCAAGGAUGCUUAUCUGCUCCAGAGCUGUUUUUCACCAGGCGUUAUAGGCAUUGAUGAGAACGAGAGCGCCUACGUGAAAGAUGCGCGUUACGACAGCUGUAGUCGCAAUGUAUACCGGUAUCCACAACUAACCGAUGCGGUAACAAUGGCGCGAGUACGAGAUCAUUAUAUAUUCACAGUAGAAUCUGUGGGUGCGCUGAAGCCUGAGGUCAUAUUCCUGGAGGCUAUCAAAGUGUUGAAGAAAAAAUGUCGCGCAUUUAUAGAUGAAAUCGAAGCGGAAUAAUUCGGCUUAAUUUAAUUACUAAGUUGUGUUACAUGUGUAAAUAUGUAAUGAAAUUUUUGCAUAAUAAGUAACUAGUUU